CAACAACCCAUACAUACAUAUUGAGAAAAUGAGGUGCUGCUGUUGUGCAAAUAAAAUAAGCCAAGAACUAUGACGCAUCAAAAUCAUCAGACAAACGGCGCUAGUUUGGAGGAUUGCCAUACAAACUUUUAUGCCUUGACUGAUUUGUGUGGAAUUAAAUGGCGCAAGUUCGUUAAUGGCGAACGUCCGAAUGCGUCAAGCGAUCCACUCGCCGAUCCGAUCUUGCGCUCCUAUUCACGAUGCAUGCAGGCGGAUAUGCUGUGCGUUUGGCGGCGCGUUCAAUCCACCAAACAGGACAACACCGAUCCGAAUGCCUUAAACUUUGAGAUUACCACAUCGACAACUGUACACCCGCCUCUAUCGCUGGCCGCCGCCAAGGAGCUCUGGAUCUUCUGGUAUGGCGAGGAGCCGGAUCUCAGUGAGCUUGUCGAUGCGGAGCUCCUCAAAAUAGCUGCCAAUCAAUCGCUCUGGAACGGCACGUGGAAGGGCGAGCUGACCUACGAGUGCCGUUCGCUGCUCUUCAAGGCGCUGCACAAUCUCAUGGAAAGAUUCGUGCUGACCAAGGACAUUGUGCGCUUUGGCAAAUGGUUUGUGCAGCCGUGCACCUCCAGCGAUCGUCUGUUUGGACGCAGCUCGCAGCACUUGUCCUUCUCGUUCACGUUCUUUGUGCAUGGCGACACGGUCUGCGCCUCGAUAGAUCUGCGCGAGCAUCCCGCCGUGCGGCCCCUGACCAAGGAGCAUCUGGCGGAGGCAGCGGCUGCCUUUGCCGCCGCCAGCGGCCAAACGUCGGGCACAGCACGUGCCCAACAGGAUGCCGCCAGUGCUGGCACAGCCACGCUGCCCGCCGGCUCCCCACUGCUGGAGGCGUCGGGCGUCGCAGAGAAGUCGGCGUCGGCGUCGGCAGCGGCAGCGGCAGCGACGCCAACGCAAGCGCGCAAAGUGAUGCUGGCGCCGUUUGGCAUUGCGGCAAUACUCACCGGCAACAGCUACAAGGCCAGCGAUCCCAUGGCCGAAAAGAUACUCGAGGAUUGGGCCUCGUUUUUUCCGCUGUGCAAUAAGGACAACACGGAUGUGCCACCCGUCGUUGAGGUGGUAUCGGGUGGUCAUAAGAUGUAUCAUCCCACGAAUUAUGUACUAGUCACGGAUCUGGACGACAUGGAGCACAUGGAGUUUGCUGAGCUGCACAAGGCUAACGAUCAGGCAGCAGCAGCAGCAGCAGCAGCUGCGACGCCAGCAGCGACGCAAGCAGCAGCAUCUGCAAAGGACUCAAGGAAAGCAACAACGCAAGCGAUCAGCGCCUUGGAGCGUCUAACGUUUCAGCCCUACUACGAUCAGCGGCCCACAUCGGGCUUCACCUUCAAUACAAAUAAUACUCAUAUUCCCGCCACGGCGGCCAUCGAAAUGCCGGAGCGUGCCUGGCAGGAUUGCAUCAUGAAUACGCUGCACGUGGACGCCGCAGCAGCAGCAGCGGCAGCAGCAGCAGCGGCAGCGGCAGAGGAGGAUGAGAACAAGCAAACGGAUUCCAAGCAGCACGUGCAACAGCAAAUCCAACAGCAGCAGCAGCAGCAGCAGCAGCAGAAGCAGCGGCAAAAGCUCUGGAACUUUGUGGAUCCAAUGCAAAAGGCGCCCUGCAUAUGCACCAACGCACAAUGCGGCAACACUGGCAGCACUGGCAGCAGCAGCGGCGUCGGUAGCGGCGUUGGCAGCGGCAAGCGCCAGCAGAGCGUCAGCAGCGGCAUUGGCUCGCCAGCGCUGCGUGCUGCGAUCGGCGUCGCCAGCAGCAGCAGCGGCAGCAAAACAACAUUUCAGCUUUACCAACAACAACAACAACAACAGCAGCAGCAGCAGCAGCAGCAUCAACGGGCAGCGACAGCGACGCAUCAUUCCAGUUCCAGUGUUGGCUACUUUGCCAGCAACUGCAGCAACUCCUCUUACUCCUACUACUCCUCCUCCUCCUCCUCCUCCUCCUCCUCCUCCUCCUACGCUGCUGUUGGCCUCAAGCGACAAAUUGUGCCGUUUCAUCAGCGUUUUCUACUCAAUACUCAGACAGCGCUUAAACCUAACUACAACAACACAACUUCCUCUACAACAACAACAACAACAACAACAGACACCAAUAUACCAAAACAAAGACAUCUCAACGUGGGCAGCGCCUCUUCCGGCGGCAGCAGCAGCACGCCCUGCCAAGGCGGCGGCGCCUCCUCGACCUAUUCACGCAACACGCAGCUGGGCGAUCCGACGGUGGCCGCCGCCACCGCCGCCGCCGCCGCCUCCUCCUCGGUGGGUUCGCCUGCAACGCCGGCGCCCUCGCCGCAUCCGCUCUCCAAUUCGGCGCACUCGCAGCCGACCUCGGUGCCGCCCGCUGAGCAACUGCUCAAUAUGAGUCCGCAUGCGCCGACAUCCGUAUCGAAUCUGCAGCAGCCGCCGACGCCCAUCGAUCAUCUGCUGGACAAGAAUACGCCGGCGCCAACGCCGACGGAUCAGCACGACAACAAAAGCAUAACCGCCUCGCCGUACGUGCAUCAGACACCCAGCGUGGAGCCGCCCACCUAUGCAGAGCAUGGCAAUGCGGCCGGAGGCGGUGGCUCUCAAUCUCUGAAUGCGGCGCCGGGCAGUGUGCCACAGCAGCCGGCCACGCCCACGCCGGCAACAGCAGGCGCAGCAGCAACAACAACAGCAACAACAACAACAUCCGCGACAGCUGCUGGAACAGGAACAGCAGGAGCAGCAACAGGAGCCGGAGCCGGAGCAGGCGGUGCCACACAAUGCGGCACAAUUAGCGUAAAGAAGCUGGAGAUGCAGCAGCAGGCGCCACAGCAGGUGCUGGCCAUCAAGCAGGAGCCAGGCCUGGCACGGAUCAGCCAGGUGCAGCAGCAGCAGCAGCAGCAGGUGCCGCUGGCGAGCAGCGCCUUGGAAGCGGUCACAAAUCUCUUCAAUCUGUACAAGCCGCCGCAGCUGACGCUGAAGGACGGGGACAGCGUCUACGACGAGGAAUGGCUCAAGGAUGUCUACGACUUUAGCUUUCAGGAGACCUGGGACAAUCUGCCCGUGAAGCGGCCCAAGCUGAACGAGUCUGCCAAACAGCGACGACCACGUUACGCCCGGAAUCUGUACGAGGGCCACACGCACUUCAAGCCGCUGAUGCCCUCGCCCGGCUCCGUCUAUGGCCCGCUGCUCUCCAUCGAAGGCAGCGCCGCGGCGCUGGGAGCAGCCGGCGAGGGCAGCUCCAGCGGCGGCGGCGGCGGCGGUCUUGUGGGCAUAGCCGGAGGAGCAGGAGCAGGAGCAGGAGGAGCCUAUGGCGGCGCAUCCAGCGCUGAUGAGGCGGACAAUGCGCUUGGCGGAAGCGGCAGCGGCAGCGGCAGCGGAAACAUGACUGCAACAACAACUGGCAACAGUUUCUUCCAGGGCCUGGACAUUAAGACGGAGCCGGGCCUGCAUUCGCCGUGCAAGGAAUCCAAGUCGACGAGCACCGCGGGCAGCGGGAGCGCUGGCAACAAUCUGUUCACAGCCGAAGGCCUAAAUCCCUCGCUCAACGAUCUCGAGCAGCUGUUCGAGACGAGCUCCAACGACGAGUGCAGCAGCGUCCAGAUCCAUACGCCGCCCGACUCCAACAAUCCCUCGAAUGGCGGCUGCAGCGCCGUCAGCAACACCAUCGACGAGCUCAAGCGGAGCACGGCGGUGGCCAGCGCCGUUGUUGCCGCCGUCGUCGCCAGCUCCGGUGCGGGAAGCAUACAGGCCGAAGAUCUAACCAAAAUGUUUCCCACGCCUCCAUCCCACGAGCAACAGCAUCCCAAUUCGAGUCCCUGCCAAACGGACGUUGUCAUGACCGAUCUGAGCGUGGACACCACCACCAACAACAGCAGCAGCACCACCACAAAUGUGGGCGUAGCUGUCGGUCUGGGCGUGGUCCUCAAAAUGGUUAAGCAGGAGUACAGCGUGGAGCUGGGCAGUCCCGUGGAGGAGCCCAUCGAUGACUGGAGCUAUGUGUACAGGCCGCCGCAGCAGGAGAAAUUUGUGGGCUCCUCGCGCUACGCGCCGCUCACCAAUCUGCCCAGUCAGACGCAGCCGCCGCUCCAGAUUCCCGCCAACUGCUACUACAAUCCCACGUGGAGCCACAGCCAGAAGUCGCGUGCCGCCACGCUAGCCAAGGCGGCCGCCGCGCAGCAGCAGCAGCAGCAGCUCCAGAAGCACCAGCAGCUCCAGCAGCGCAUCCAGCAGCAUCAGCAGCUCCAGCAGCAGCACCAACAGCAGCAGCUCCAGCUGCAGCAGCAACAGCAGCAGCAGCAUAAGCAUCAGCAGCUGCACGAGCUGCUCUCCGCCGGACCGAGGACGCCAAUGAAUGCAGCGAUGCCGUCGCCCUCGACGACGACGACGGCGACGACGACGGUGCCGCAGCCGCUGAGCAGCGGCGGCAGCCAGCUCCUGUUGAAUCAGCUCAAUUGUCCGCAGGCGCCGCCCGGCAGCUCCAUGCAGCAGCUGAUGCAGCGGGCCGGCAUGUCGCCCAUUCCGUCGCCGGGCGGGCCGGGCGUGGUGCCCUUUCCGCGCAGCAGUCCGAUGCAUCUGGGCGGAAUGCGGCAGACGCCGACGCAUCCGCCGCCGCCGUAUCCGUAUGAGCUGGCGGCGGCCAGUCCGGCCACGUCCACGUCCUCGUACCUCAACAAGCAGUACAAUUCCCAGGAGCCGCCGGGUCAUCCGCACACGCCGCAGAGCGUGCAUCAUGUGAUGUUCGGGCCGAUGAGUGCGGGCGCAGGAGGAUCGGGUGGAGCGGGAGCUGGUCUAAUGCCUGCAGGCGAUGGCUCUAAGCUGGCCAUGAUGCAAUAUUCUGGCGGCGGCGCCGGCUCAACUGGUUUGGGCAGCAGCUCCUCCUCCUCCGUCGCCGCAGCGGCAGCAGCAGCAGCAGCUGCAAUGAGUCUGCUGCAGGAGCUGCCGGAGGUCAACUCGGUGCUGAUCAAUAUACUGCUCUACGAUACGGCUCUGAAUGUGUUCCGGGAUCACAACUUUGACAGCAGCAGCGUCUGCGUCUGCAAUGCGGAUACCCAAAAGAUUGGCAACAUUCGCGGCGCCGACUCGGGUCUCUAUGUGCCGCUGCCCGGCAGCAGCUUUAAUCCGUUUCCGUCGCAGCGUCUGCUCAAUAGUCAUCCGGCGGGCACUCCAUAUAAUCCCUUUGGAGGCAGUGCAUCGGGUGGCGGCGGCGGCGGCGGCGGCGGUGGUGGUGGAAUGCGCAUGAUAAGUGCCUUUGGCGGUGGGCUGGACUCGUCGCCGGUGGCUGCGCUGUCCGGAGCUGGCUCCGUGCACCAUGGCCACGGGCCCAACGGCGGCUCCAGCUCCUCGUCGUGCACUCCGCCCAGCAGCAAUCCGCACAUCACGGGCUACGUGGACGACGAUCCCGUUGAGUGCACAUGCGGCUUUAGCGCCGUGGUCAAUCGCCGUCUGUCACAUCGCGCCGGCCUCUUCUACGAGGAUGAGCUGGAGAUCACGGGCAUUGUGGACGAUCCGGCCCGGCACAAGCAGCCCACGCUCUUGAGCCUCAUCCAAAGCCUGUGCCGCAAGGGCAACAACAACCACAAUCACAAUCACAACAACAAGUCGGUCAACGAGCCGGUUGGCAAGGAGCUGGAGAAGCUAACGACGACGACAACCACGACGUCCGGACAGCAGCAGCAGCAGCAGCAGUUGGAGCAGCUGGCGCAUGCGAUCUUCGAUCUGUUGCUGGAUCAGUGCUCGAUUAUCCAGACCUCGAGCAGCUCGGUGCACCGGGCCCUGCAGUCCCAUCGCCGUCGCAUGUCCCGGCAGCGACGACUCUUUGGCCAGAACAGCGCCUCGCUGGCGUCCAUAGCGAACGUGCUCGAGUUUACGGAUGCGCACGAUGUGGUCAGCCUGGCGCUGGAGCAGGCACGGCUCGCCUUCGAGAGCCAGCGCAUGGACAUGAAUAUGCUCGAAUUCGGACACAAUAAUCACCAUGGACAGCAGCACAAUCCGCACCAGCAUUCGCAGCAUCCGCAUCAUCCGCACCAGCCACAUCCAGCGCAGCAUUCGCAACAGUUGACGGCAUUCCAGGCGGCGCCUGCCCUGCGCCAGAAGCUUCUCGUGUUGGGCAGCAGUCGCCUCACGGUGCACAAAUGGCCCUACCUACCCGUGGGCUUUACGCGAAGCAACAAGGAGAUCGUCCGGACAAUGAACGCCAUCCAGCCGAUGCUGCAGAGCGCCUUCCAUUGCAAAUCGCGCGGCGGUGCCGCCGGCUCCAAGGAUGCCAGCUCCUAUAAUACGGUCAGCGGUCCGCUCACCUGGCGUCAGUUCCAUCGUCUGGCCGGACGCGCCUCCGGGCAGUGCGAGCCACAGCCCAUACCCUCGGUUGUGGUCGGUUACGAGAAGGAUUGGAUUUCGGUGGCGCCGCAUUCCAUUCACUAUUGGGACAAGUUUCUCCUGGAGCCCUAUUCGUAUGCCCGGGACGUGGUCUACGUGGUCGUGUGUCCGGACAAUGAGCAUGUCGCCGCCAGCACGCGCACCUAUUUCCGUGAGCUGAGCAGCACCUACGAGAUGUGCAAGCUGGGCAGGCAUACGCCCAUCCGCGGCUGGGAGGGUGUCCUGCAGGUGGGCACCGAACGGGAGGCGCCGCUGACGCCGCUCGACGACUGGCUGCGCACCCUGGACCAUGCGCCUCUGGCCGAGCAGAUCCGACGCUAUGCCGUGGCCUUUCUCUACCAGCUGGCGCCCUAUCUGAGCCGUGUGCCCGGCGACAAGACGUUGCUCAAUCCUCCGGAUGCCUCUGCCAGUGGCAGCCACUCGACCAAGGCACCGGGCGCGGUGCCUCCUUCAGCUGCCGAGCAUCCGCAUGAGCCCGUCAUCAAGCUGGAGCCGGGCACGGAGCCGACCCCGGCGACGCAGAGCAGCAGCAACAGCAGCUCCGGCGGCGCUGGCGGCGCCGGACAGGAGCAGGACAGCAAGGCGGAUGUUAAGGCGGGCGGCGACUCGAAGCCCGCCCUGGUGCUGGGCGAUCCGCUGGGCAUGGGCGAAACGCUGGAGGACAUCAAUCCAUCGGCUAUUGUCCUUUAUGUGGUGAAUCCCUUCACCUUCGCCUCGGACAGCUUUGAGCUGGAGCGACUCGCGCUGAUCGCACUGCUGCGCUGCUAUGCGGAGCUCCUGAAGGCGGUGCCGGAUUCGGUGCGCGCCCAGAUGAACAUCCAGAUCAUCUCGCUGGAGGCCAUCAUGGAGCUGGGGCCGUGCGGCAAUCGUCGUCGCUUCUCGGAUGAGAUCAAGUGCCUGGCAUUGAAUAUAUUCUCGCAGUGCCGGCGGCAUUUGGUGCAUGCGCAGCCCGUCAAGAGUCUGACGGGCUUCGGCACCGCCGCCAACAUGGAGGCCUUUCUCAAGACCAAGGAUGAGCCCAAUCGGCGCGCCUACAAGAUGUACACGGCGCCCUUUGUCCUGGCACCGAUGCACGAGCGCAACGACAAGACGGACUUCUCGCGCGCCGCCGGCAGCAUGCACGGCCAGAACGAGACGCGCUAUUCGGUCAUGUAUUGCAAUUAUUGCCUGAGCGAGGAUCAGUCCUGGCUGCUGGCCACAGCCACAGAUGAGCGUGGCGAGCUCCUGGAGAAGGUCUGCAUCAAUAUCGAUGUGCCGAAUCGGGCGCGCAGACGCAAGGCCCCGGCACGUUAUGUUGCCCUGCGCAAGCUCAUGGACUUUGUCAUGGGCCUCAUCUCGCAGACGUCGCAGAUGUGGCGUCUGGUCAUCGGACGGAUUGGACGCAUCGGGCACAGCGAGCUCAAGUCCUGGAGCUAUCUGCUCAGCAAACAGCAGCUGCAGAAGGCCUCUAAACAGUUCAAGGACAUGUGCAAACAGUGCACUCUGAUGUAUCCGCCGACCAUCCUGAGCGCCUGCCUGGUCACACUGGAACCGGAUGCCAAGCUGCGCGUAAUGCCCGAUCAGUUUACGCCCGACGAACGCUUCUCGCAGAUCUCCAUGCAGAAUCCGUUGUCGACGCCGCAGGAUGUGACCUGUACACACAUUCUGGUCUUUCCCACGAGUGCUGUCUGUGCUUCCUUCACACGACAAUUCCAGAACGAGCCGCAGGUCGACGAUGACUUCAUCUUUGGCGAGGAGGAGGGCAACGAGGACUUCAGCGAUGCCGAUAUCGGCGACCUCUUCUGGGACUCAGCUCACAUGGAUCGCGUCUCGAAUCACGGCAGCCCAGGACGCAUGGAGGACAAUCGCAGCUGGCAGAGCGCCGGCGGCAACAAUUUCAAAUGUACGCCCCCGCAGGAGGUCGAGGAGGUGGGUUCCCUCAAUCAGCAGCCCAUUUCGGUGGGUUAUAUGGUGUCAACAGCGCCGACGGGUCGAAUGCCCGCCUGGUUCUGGUCCGCCUGUCCGCAUCUGGAGGAUGUGUGUCCCGUCUUCCUGAAGACCGCAUUGCAUUUGCAUGUGCCCAACAUUCAGAUAGCCGACGAUAUACUCAACUCGACCAAUGCCCAUCAGUCGGCAAAUGAUCAUCCCCUGGACUCGACCUUAACGGCCGAUGUCCUGCGCUUUGUCCUUGAGGGCUACAAUGCGCUCUCCUGGCUGGCCCUCGAUUCCAAUACACACGACCGACUCUCCUGUCUGCCCAUCAAUGUGCAGACCCUCAUGGACUUGUACUAUUUAACGGCGGCGAUAGCAUAAUCGCGCAGUCACAAAAAGCAAUAUACAACACUAGACAAUUAACAGUAGCAGUAACAGUAACAGAGUAACAGAGUAACAGUAACAGUCGAUUGCUUCCAAUUGCUGUACUUCCAUAUAAUAGCGAAAUAUCCACAAGUGCUAUACCAAAACAAAGAAACUCCAACAACAACAAACAAACAAACAAAUAAAACACCAAGCAACCAACAACUGAAGUUAACAGUCCAAAAAAAAAACAAAAAACAAAAAGUUAAGUAACAGUAAGAAUAACAGCAGCCGUAACAGUAACAGUAACAGUAAAAGUAAUAUUAUAAAGAUGAACUGUUAACAGAAUAACGCACAGUUAGCGUAAACACAGAGCCUUGUAAUAACAGCCGCCGCCGCCGCCUUACAGCCUUAUCACAGGGUGUGCAAAGUUAAAAGAAGAAGAAAGUAAGAAAUGUAUGAGCAAUGAGCAAUGAGCGAUGAGCAAUGAGCAAUGAGCGAUAAAUUGAAUUAUGGUUACCGAGAACCGAUCAAGUCGUGAGAGUAGCAAAACAGCAUUACUAUUUAUUAAUUGAAGAAUUGUGUAUAGUGCAAGAAUUGUUUUUUUAGGCUGGCGUUCGUUUUAGUGUUUAAUAUUUAUACAUAUACAAAAUGAAAAAACAACAACAAACAACAAACAAAAAAAAAAACCAACCACACAAUAGGGGCAUAUUUAUAUAUAUUAUAUACAUAGAUCAUAUACAAUACGCAAGAUUUAAAGAUGAAGAAAAAAGAAAAACAUUUUUAGUGUGUAAGUAAAAAGGAAAUUUGUACAUAUUUACAACCAAUUUGCCGUAAGCAGUAAGAACAACAACAACAACAA